CUUCUUUCAACCAUGACAAUGGUCCGAGCACUUCUGCUCUCUACAUCCAUCCACUAGCCAUGAUGGCUUCGUCUAUUAUCUCCGGUGCGCAUCGUUAGAAGCUAACUCACUACUGCCAAACCCUUCCCUUCGUGGGAGAUUCUAUCCCCCAACCAGGUGCCUGGUCGUUGUGAUGCCCCCCCCACACCUGCACUCAGUCCCAACCCCGCGAUGAUGCCAACCCCUCGGUCAACGAUGCCUUUUGACUCCCCCAAACGCAAACGAGCAUCGUCCGAGGAGUCUGACAACGGCAGUCCCCCCGUCUCGCCGACAUCGACUGUCUCGCUCCCGAGUCUUCAGGAAGUAAGGAUCCGGGAAACAGAAGACCUGGGAAGAUACAGUCCUCGAGCAUUAGUCGCUGGUCGCCUGGGACAGUUGGCUAUCCGCGGGGAUCAUAUUUCAACAACCCCCAUUCCUUAUGGACUAGACCAGGGCACGGCUGCUCGCUCGCUGCAGCCGGAAAGCUGGUCUGCCUCUUACGACCAGUCCCAUGAUACCUAUCACAUGCCAGAAACGAGCAGGGACAGUCCCAGUCCUAGCGGCCCAUCCGAAUUUGCAGACGCCAGUCAACCUCCGGACCAUGAUGAGAGCCCAUCGGCAUCAGCGUCCGCAUCAGCAUCAGCCUCACCCAGGAAGAAACAGUCAACCCCAAGCCCCCGAAAGAGAAGAAUUUCCUCAACUACACCCAAGAAGCGCAGCGGGAAAGGAUCCCCGCCUCUCAUGAGCGCAGCUUCUGAAAACCCGCUUACAUGGCGCGACUCCGAAAUAACCGGCCACAACCCAAAUGACCCCACAGAUGAUGGAUAUGGUAUGAAUGGUAUUGGAUUCAAACCGACUGCCGCAAUGGCUUGGGCCAGGUCGCAAAGAAGGCAGAAACAGGUUGCAGAGUGGAAGAACCGCGAGGCAAGAGAAGCGCGCGAGCGGCGACGAGAACGACGAGACGGCGCUGAGUUUGAUAAUCUCCGGACCAUUCAAUCCGGUGCCAUUCAGAAAAAGGUCAAAUUUGAUGUUUAAUGGAGGACGUCACCAUCGAACAUCUUUCUUUCUUGGGUCAAUCCGAAUAUCUUGCGGCCUUCCUCUUUGGUGUUCAUUGGUUUAAGGCAGUUAAUGAAACAGGCGUUGGACAGGUUCAUUUGAUUGGAGACAUCGAUAUGAAACGAAGCAAAGUCCCAACUUGGCCAGGACAAGAGCCCAUAGCAUGGAUAGAAUAUGUACUUUACACGGACCCAACCCACUUUAUACAUAUAGUACUGUACAACGA